AUGUCACGCUACGCUGAAGCCCACGCUAAGCCAAACGGCCCUGGCGACGGGCGCCCGACGGCCCUUCAAAUCAUCAAGGACGAGGGCGUUGAAGGCAAGCUCAAAGACGAGGCCAUCGUCAUCACUGGUACCUCUUCCGGCAUCGGUAUCGAGACCACUCGCGCCCUGGCCACCACCGGCGCCACCCUCUUCCUCACGGCCCGGAACGUCGCCAAGGCCCAAGCCGCCCUCGCUGGUAUUUUUGAACCUUCCCACAUGGAGAUUAUCGAGAUGGACCAGGAAAGCCUCUCUUCCGUCCGCGCCGCCGCCGCCGCCAUCCUCGCCAAGACCUCCAAAAUCCAUCUCCUGGUGAACAACGCUGGCAUUAUGGCUAUCCCCGAACUCCGCCUAACCGCCGACGGCCAUGAACUCCAGUUCGGCACGAACCACCUAUCACACUUUCUGUUUUACAAGCUUUUGGAACCUGCCCUCCUUGCUGCGGCCUCUUCCGACCUCCCGUCCCGCGUUGUUAAUCUCUCAUCCUCCGCCCACAACGUCCACGGGAUCAACGACCCCGACAACUACGACUUCCAGAAGGGCGGCUAUGACGCCAGUGUGGCCUACGGCCAAUCCAAGACGGCCAACAUUUACAUGGCCAACGAGAUCGAGCGCCGCUAUGGGUCGCGCCACCUACACGCCACGAGCGUCCACCCUGGCAUUGUCCAGACGGGGCUGACCCAGCACAUGCCUCCGGAUGCCUUCAAGGGGAUGGAGUUCCUGUACCCGACCAUGAAGAGUGUUGAGCAGGGUGCCGCAACCUCAGUGUGGGCGGCUGUCGGCAAGGCAUGGGAGCACGAAGGCGGCAAGUAUCUUGUCAACUGUGCCGUGGCGGAGCCGUAUGCGGAAGGGGAUGACAAGUUUUCUGCGCUCGGGUAUGCCCCGCACGCCUAUGAUGUGGAGAAGGCGAGGAGGCUAUGGAGCGACUCGCUCAAGAUUGUAGGAUUCCCGGACGAGGAGUAA